UGAUCUUGCUGCCCAUGUGGCCUGGGUUGGUCAGAACUUCUCUGGUUAACUCUGGAAAACAACGUUUUUCUCCUCUUCGCCCCACAAGCAGCUGCUGGAUAGGAAACAUCAAAUCGGAUGACUAAACUUUACUCCAGCAACGACUGAUUUUACCAUGUCAUUACCACUGCAAAUGGAUGAUACAAAAGUGAAAAGAGGAAUUGUGAUUAAAGAUGACUGGCCUGGGUACAACCUGGAUCUGUUCACCUAUCCUGAACACUACCACGAAGACAUCGAGAACAUUUACAUCCCUCACGGAGUGAUCAUGAACAGGAUUGAGCGCCUGGCCCGUUACAUCAUGGAGGACUUUGAGGACAGUAAGAUCAUGGUGCUGUGCGUCCUGAAGGGAGGCUACAAGUUCUGUGCAGAUCUGGUAGAGUUCAUCGAGGUUCUGGGACGCAACUCCAACCGGUACUUGGAGACGCGGGUGGAGUUUAUCCGCCUGAAGAGCUACCUGAACGACCAGUCAACGGAGGAUCUGCACAUCAUUGGAAGCAGUGAUCUGUCUUUUCUACGUGGAAAGAGUGUGCUUAUUGUUGAGGCCAUAGUCGACACAGGAAAGACCAUGAAGGCUCUUCUGAAGCAUGUUGAAACCUUUGAGCCCAAGAUGGUCAAGGUCGCGGGUCUGCUGGUGAAGAGGGUGUCCAACAUGACGGAAAGUCUGACAAAUUAUGUUGGAUUUGAAAUUCCCAAUCGAUUUGUGGUCGGCUACGCCUUGGACUACAAUGAGUACUUCCGUGACCUGAAUGUGAGUCCUGAGUUUGCCACUGCUGCUGCUAACUUCAUGAACGUUUGAGGAGCUUUGGAGAAGAAGAGAUGAAAGAGCACAUCUGUGUCAUCAGCAAAAAAGGAAAGAUAAAGUACAAGAUUUAGAGAAUUAAAACCAUUAAUUAUGUGCUGUUUUAGCAGAGCUUCAUAAAUAUGUUAGCCUUUUUCACCAGUGUUUAAAUGUGUGGUUGUGCUUUUACUUUCUGUUGAUUAAAUCAUUUCUUCACAACUGUG